UGCAAGGCCCCAAGUUUUCAUAUUAUAAAUCGGUUUCUCUAUUCUGUUAAAGUCAUUCUAAUGGAAUAAUAUACGUGUUCAACUUCCAUAUAAAAAUUAGAAUUACGUUAUAUACCUCUAUUGAUCAGGAACUAUAGUUCAGCUUCCAUUGUCAACACUCAACAGCUCCACGUGAAGCUUGUGAUUGUGAAGAGUACUACACUACUACUGUUUUAAUAACAGAUUUGAACAAUGGGGGUUAGAACAAGGAGAAAUAACCGAAAGAAGUAUCGGUAUCGUGCAAAUUCAAAUAGAAAAGAAAAAAAAAUGGACCGGAAAAUCAACCCACACAUUGAAUGUGUACAAGUGAGGAAGGCUUGGGACAAAAAAAAACCAGCCCCAGCAAACCUGGCUGACAUGGGACUUGUCUACCAUCUGGAGAGGGAUGUACCCGUGGAGAGUAAGACACAAAAUGAAGAGACAUCUGAAAUGCCACCAAGAAAAAGAAUAAAAAGAGGAAAAGAGGAGAAACCAACAGAAGUGGUUAAACAACUAGAAGAGGCUAUCAAUGAGGAGUACCGCCGUAAAGAAUCUGCUGGCAUACGCUUGACUAAUGCUCAGGUAGAAUAUGCUACUGCAAUGCUGGACAAAUAUGGUGAUAAUUACAAGGCAAUGGCAAGGGAUCGUAAGAAUUACUUUCAAGACACAUGGAAGCAGAUCAGAGCCAAGAUUAACCUGUUUACCCAAAAUCCAAAAUAUUAUGCUCCAUAUUUGAAACAGAAAGGAUUAUUUAAGCCAGAGCUCUUGAAAUCCCAGGAGAAAUAAUAAAGAAUAUAUUUAUGUACAGUAUUUGUAUUAUUGACUUACAGUACUGUUCAUCCUAUUUUACAAAUACUGUACUGUGUGCAUCUCUAAUCUUACUGAUUUUUUCUGCAUUCUUAAUUGUGGAACCAUCCAGAGCAAACUAGAGGGUACUGUACAAGGUAAUUAAGUAUUUAAAAUCACUUAAAAAUACAAGACAUCGCUGACCUAAAUUGAUCGCUGGCCAUGCUAAUUUCUUCACAGCUAAUAAGACAGUCAACCAAUUUCUCUUCUAUAAUGUAUUUCUGAUUUUCAUCUGUAUUGUACUUGCAUUAAUUCCUAAGCUUGUGUAUAUAACUUUGUACUGUAUUAAGUUAGCUAAGUUAAAUCUCCAUGUUCUUUACCAUACUGUCAUGUCCUGUUGUGGCUUCACUACUGUACAAUAUAAUUACCAAGAUUACAAA